CUCAUUUCCAUCCUCGCAAAUUAAUUAAGAAAAGAAUUGCGCAUAAUUCCAUUGUUUUUUUCUCCCUAAAAUGGAAAUCAAAGAAAAAGCAAUAUGGACUAUUGUAGCAGGGAAUGUUGUCGCAGCAAUUUGUGGGAUCAUUGCACUAAUCCAUGUCCCUCACCAGGUAGACAUUGGGAGUCGGGUUAUAGCAGCAAUCAGUAUAGUUUGUGCCGUUAUAGCUCUUAUUGUUCUUGGAUAUCAAGCAGGCCGCAGAAUCCUAUUGCCUAGUUGGGUCAACACGCUUUAUUGGGUCACAUGUGGUGAACAAAGUGAAAUGGUAGAAGAGUGGUUGUUGGUUCCAUUCCCGCAGGCGUUCUACAAAUGGAGUAAUAUUUUUAUACUCCGUAUGAUUUAGUAUAGCCGUAUAAGUGAUGAGUUGAUGACAUGGAUUUCUGAUAUGAUGGGAACAUGAAGUGGAAAUGGAAUUUAACUUGGAUGCUGACCUGGCGUGAUGACUGUGCAAAAAUACCCUUGUUUGAGAAAUAAGUUUAAAAAUACCCUCUUUUGGAAAAUAAGAUUAGAAAGUACUCCACUUUGGGAAAUAACUCCUUGUUGCCUUGGGACGCAAGUGCCAUUUUUUUUUGUUUUUUGUUUUUUUCAGUUUAUCUGUUAACACUUAGUCCCAAUUUUGCUUAAUUUUGGAUACUUUUGUUUGAGUGUAGUCUCAAUCUUUUCUUCAUUUAGCAUGUAAAUGAGUGAUUAUUAACAAAAUUUUCCUGAAUGUGC